GUCAAUUAAAAUUGCAACGUGCACUUGACAACUGAUAUCUGUUUGGCAAAAAUAGACCUAUGGAUUAGUAUCAUUAGCUAACGUUUUCUUUUUAUUUCACAUUCAAUUCCAUCUAUUCCAAUUUACACAUUUCUCCUCACUGGUCAUUGAGAUAUUUUUGAAUUGAAAAGGCGCCAAAUGAAAAAUUCUUUAUUGAAGUCUCAAUUUUGAUAAAAACCAAGAAGUGUCAACUUGAAAUUGUUCAGUAAAAAUGUCUCACUCUAACCUUGAUGAACCAGCAAACAAACACAGCAAGCUAUCUGACGAGACCGAAGAGUCUCAACCGCAAAUCGAUUCACUUUUGAUACUUAAUAAUGAUUGCCUGCAUGCAGUUUUUGAGCAUUUGAAUAUCGAAAGUUUAUGCAACGUGGCGAAUGUAUGCAAGCGCUUCAGGCCAAUCACCGAGCAAGUGUUUCGUUGUUGCCAUACAAGUGUCCACUUUAGCAAGUACAAUACAAAAAUAUCGGUACUUCGUCGUGCUCUCUAUAAAUUCGGUCAUUUGAUUACAGACUUCAGCUGUAUAUCCCGUUAUGAUUAUAAUCAUUUCGAUGCCGUCAUAAAAUUCUGCUCGAAUAAUUUGGAGAAACUUUCUUUGUACAAUGCUGAAAUCACUUCCGAAGGUCUCGAGACUUUGAUGCCACGGCUGAAAUAUUUGAAAUUGUAUGAAUGUAGAUUCGAUUAUCACUUGUAUUCUCACGAUCUCAGUGGUGUAUUCAGUAAUUGUCCAGAGCUUGAAGUGUUGAUUUUCGAUAUGCUCGAUGAAGAUGGAGACGAAAAAUGUACAUUUUUGAAGCGACAUUUUCCGAAAUUAAAACAACUGGAAUUUGAAUGUGUAAAAGUAAAUCCCGACGAUCUUCGAGAAAUACUAGGCCUUAAUCCACAAUUGAAGCGACUUCACACCAUGACAUUCACCAAUGAUGAAUUUAUCGAUGCGAUCGCAGAAUACACAAAGGAUCUAGAGGUAUUGGAAAUUUCCGGUGGAAGAGGAUACGUGAAACAACGGGAUCAAAGUGCCGAAGGUCUUCUUCGAUUGGGAGCAUUGAAGAAGUUGAAGAAACUAUUCCUCAAUAUUUCGAGCUACAAAAAAUACAGAGUUCAUCGUCUUGCGAACGAAUUUUCAAAGAAGAAUAUUCCAAUCGAAACACUGGAAUUGACAGCUUGUUCAAUUAUAUCAAAGGAUUUCAUCAGUUUAACGAAUCUGAAGACAUUGCAACGUGUGUAUUUGGCUAAAGUUGAACGAGCUACAGACGCCGAUUUAAUUACUCUGGCAACCGAAUUACCAUUGUUAUCAAACUUAACAUUGAGUUUUGAAUACACAAAAGAGAUAAAAAUAACGGCAAAUGGAUUGGCCAGCAUGAUAGAGCUGGGAAAGCGGCUAAAGUAUAUUGGAUUUAACGGAUUCCACCAAGUGCAAUUAAAUGAAGCGGCCUAUGAAUUAUGGUUGAAAUUAGCUCGAAGCAGUGGUAGGGAGGAAACGCUUGUUAUUAAGAUGGAUAAAUAUGGAGAAACAAGCUUCAUCGUACCGAGUCAUAUUCUACAAGAAAAUGAAGCACAACUUAAAAUUAUUUGUGGCAGAGACGUAUCACCCUGGUCAGCCGAAAAGGCUGACGUACAAUUAGAUUCGGAUUCAGACUCGGAUCUGAAUUGGUAUUCGGAUUCGGAUGCUGAAUCUGAACCGGAUUCGGAGUCAAGUUCUGAAAGUGAAAGUGCAACGGAAUAAAUUCACAUUUCCUGUAUGCUUCACUUAAAAGAUAAGUUUUCAAUACAUUCGUUUACAUAGCGCAGAACAAUACAGAUGAUAUUACAAUAUAAAAAUGUGUAUGUAACACAAUUUUGAUGUAUUUUACCAUAUUUUUUCAAUAAAUUUAUAUUUGUAUUAAAAA